AUGGAGUUCUCAGUGUCUAAAGGAGACUAUGUUAGAUGUUUCAAGAGAUCUUUAUUGCUACUUUUAGUAUGCAUAGUAGUUCUUGUGUGCGCUGAUCAGGACUAUUAUAGUUUACUUGGAGUGUCCAAAGAAGCAAGUAGUAGAGAAAUACGACAAGCGUUCAAAAAACUGGCAUUGAAGUUGCACCCUGAUAAAAAUCAGAACGAUCCAAAUGCACAUGAAAAUUUUUUGAAAAUAAAUAGAGCAUAUGAAGUACUUAAAGAUGAAGAUCUACGGAAGAAGUAUGAUAAAUAUGGAGAGAAAGGUCUCGAAGAUCAGCAGCAAGGAGGUCGUUAUGAAAGCUGGCACUAUUAUCGCUAUGAUUUUGGUAUUUAUGAUGAUGAUCCUGAAAUUAUAACAUUGGACAGAGGAGAAUUUGAUGCUGCUGUUAACUCUGGAGAACUGUGGUUUGUGAAUUUUUAUUCACCUCGGUGCUCCCACUGCCAUGACUUAGCACCUACGUGGAGGGAGUUUGCUAAAGAGAUGGAUGGAGUAAUACGCAUUGGAGCUGUCAACUGUGGCGAUAAUAGAAUGCUUUGCCGAAUUAAAGGGAUUAACAGUUAUCCCAGUCUGUAUGUUUUCAAAACUGGAAUGCAACCAGUGAAAUAUUAUGGAGACAGGUCAAAAGAGAGCUUAAAGAACUUUGCCAUGCAGUAUGUUACAAGCACAGUCACUGAGUUAUGGGCAGGAAACUUUGUUAAUGCCAUUGAAACUUCAUUUGCUUCUGGUGUUGGUUGGCUGAUCACCUUCUGCGCUGAACGUGGGGAUUGCUUGAGUUACCAAACACGCCUUAAGCUAGCUGGCAUGUUGGAAGGUCUUGUUAAUGUAGGCUGGAUGGACUGUGGCACCCAGGGUGAGCUUUGUGAUAAUUUAGAUAUCUCAUCUAGUACUACAGCAUACUUUCCACCUGGAGCCACCAUAAAUAACAAAGAGAAAGGAGGUGUUUUGUUUCUUAACUCCUUGGAUGCCAGAGAAAUAUAUCAGGAAGUAAUGAAGCAUCUGCCAGAUUUUGAAAUGAUCCCUGCAGCUUCAUUAGAGGACCGUCUGGCUCAUCACCGAUGGCUACUUUUCUUCCAGUUUGGAGAGAAUGAUAAAUCAAAUACACAGGAAUUUAAGAAACUUAAAUUUUUACUUAAAGAUGAACACAUUCAGGUUGGCAAGUUUGACUGUCUUUCCUCACCAACCAUCUGCAACAAACUAUAUGUCUAUCAGCCUUGUUUAGCAGUCUUCAAAGGAAAAGGAACCGGAGAUUAUGAAAUUCACCAUG